CGAAGCUAGGGGCCAGGACGCCCCAGGACGCGACUGCUUUCUUCACCACACUUCCGACGGGACAGGACAGGGAGGGGAGGUAGAGGACAGCCGGUGUGCAUUCCAACCCUCAGAACCUUUGUCACUGUCCUGUUGGGGUUUCGGAGUGGCAGAAAGUUAAGACUACUCUCACGGCUUGGGUUGAGCGAGAGGCAGGACCCAGGAGCUGGGAUAUGGAGCUACUAUCGCCGCCACUCCGGGACGUAGACUUGACAGGCCCCGACGGCUCUCUCUGCUCCUUUGCGACAGCCGACGACUUCUAUGAUGAUCCGUGUUUCGACUCACCAGACCUGCGCUUUUUUGAGGACCUGGACCCGCGCCUGGUGCACGUGGGGGCCCUCCUGAAACCGGAGGAGCACGCACACUUCCCCACUGCGGUGCACCCAGGCCCAGGCGCUCGCGAAGAUGAGCAUGUGCGCGCGCCCAGCGGGCACCACCAGGCGGGUCGCUGCUUGCUGUGGGCCUGCAAGGCGUGCAAGCGCAAGACCACCAACGCUGAUCGCCGCAAGGCCGCCACCAUGCGCGAGCGGCGCCGCCUGAGCAAAGUGAACGAGGCCUUCGAGACGCUCAAGCGCUGCACGUCCAGCAACCCGAACCAGCGGCUACCCAAGGUGGAGAUCCUGCGCAACGCCAUCCGCUACAUCGAAGGUCUGCAGGCUCUGCUGCGCGACCAGGACGCCGCGCCCCCUGGCGCCGCAGCCUUCUACGCACCGGGCCCGCUCCCCCCAGGCCGUGGCAGCGAGCACUACAGCGGCGACUCAGACGCGUCCAGCCCGCGCUCCAACUGCUCUGAUGGCAUGAUGGAUUACAGCGGUCCCUCAAGUGGCCCCCGGCGGCAGAAUGGCUACGACGCCACCUACUACAGUGAGACGUCCAGCGAGCCCAGGCCAGGAAAGAGUGCGGCUGUGUCAAGCCUUGACUGCCUGUCCAGCAUAGUGGAGCGCAUCUCCACAGACAGCCCCGCUGCGCCUGCGCUGCUUUUGGCAGAUGCACCACCAGAGUCGCCUCCGGGUCCGCCAGAGGGGGCAUCCCCAAGCGACACAGAACAGGGGACCCAGACCCCGUCUCCCAACGCCACCCCUCAGUGUCCUGCAGGCUCAAAUGCCAAUGCGAUUUACCAGGUGCUUUGAGAGGUCGGCUGCGGCAGCAGAGGGCGCACUGUCUGCACUCCUGGGGAUGGUGCUCCUGGGUUCUUCACGCCCAAAAGAUGAAGCUUAAAUGACACUCCUCCCAACUGUCCUUUCAAAGCCGUUCUUCCAGAGUGAAGGGAAGAGCAGAAGUCUGUCCCACAUCUGGCCCCAAGGAAAGGACGCAGUCCAUUUUUUUUGUUGUUGUAGUAGUCCUUGGGUUGUUUGUUUGUUUGUUUUGUUUUUCAUGCGACUCACAGUGAAGGCCACUUGCUGUCCCUCAUUGGGCCAGAGCUAAUCCUUGAGUGGCCAGGCCCUCUUCCUUUCUUCAUAGCCCCUACCACAAGGGUGAGCCUCGCACACCUAAGCCCUGCCCUCCGCAUCCCUGUUGUUUGUGGAAACGCGGUCCCCACACUUCCUGGAGCCCUCCGGCCACCCACUCUCUCCCACAGCUUGGAGAGGCCACGCAGGUCUCCGGUGUAACAGGUGUAGCCAUACCCCACUCUCCCCCUUCCCGCGGUUCAGGACCACUUAUUUUUUAUAUAAGACUUUUGUAAUCUAUUCAUGUAAAUAAGAGUUGCUUGGCCAAAGCCAGAGCCCCUUGGGCUAUAUUUAUCUCCGACGCAUGCUGUGUAGUGCAACAAAAACUUUGUAUGUUUAUUUCUCAAGCGGGAGAGCCUCGAGGCUCACACGUUCAGGUGUUGGAAAUAAAGACGCUAAUUUAUGCA